AUGCUCGCAACCUCGUAUCUGGGGCUGCUCAGCGAUCGAGUCAAGCAAGAGCUGACAGUGACGAGUACCAUGAGCACUUCGGAGACGGAGCUGAUCGAGAGCACAUACAUGGUGACGCCCACCUCCACUGGCGGACCUGCAAUCAAGCCCAAUAGUGAGUCUCGCGCGCGGUGCGCCGUGAAAACCAAACCAGAGGAUAUAACGGACCCCAUCGAGAGGCGCGGUGCGUGGACGAAUCGCAAC